CCGUAGAUAACUGGUUUCUUAUUUAGCUUGAAAGAAAAUUUCUUGGACAAAGCAUUCCCAGGGCCACGAGGAAAUAGGCUCUUGAUAGAUACAUCUGUUCGAAGUAGGUGGUUUUUAAAGUUGUUCACUAUGGUAAUUGCAAAGUCGUGGAUACUGAAGAAGCACUUUGUGGGAUUCCCCAAAUUAAGUGAUUUCGAGCUGAAAAAAGAAGAGCUUCCUCCAUUAAAUGAUGGAGAGGUGUUUCUUGAGGCCGAGUUUCUCAGUGUUGAUCCUUACAUGAGACCUUACAGCUCUAUUCUAAUGAAAGAAGGUGAUGUUAUGAUUGGGAGUCAAGUUGCAAGAGUUGUGGAAAGUAAGAAUGCAGAUUUCCCAGUUGGCUCCUAUGUAAUCUCAAAUUGUGGCUGGAGAACUCAUUCAAUCUCAAAUGGGAAGAACCUGGACAUGCUUUUGUCUGACUGGCCAGAAAAUAUCCCCAAGUCACUUGCGGUUGGAAUGAUUGGAAUGCCAGGACUAACGGCCUAUUUUGGAUUGUUGGAAGUAUGUCACCUGAAGGAAGGGGAUAUAGUACUAGUCAAUGCUGCUGCUGGAGCUGUUGGGUCAGCUGUUGGUCAGAUUGCGAAAAUUAAGGGUUGCAAAGUGGUUGGAUGUGCUGGUUCUGAUGAAAAGGUUGCUUACUUAAAGAAAAUAGGCUUUGACGAGGCUUUUAACUAUAAGACUAUCACUUCAUUGGAAGAAACAUUGAGGAAUGCUUCCCCAGAAGGAUAUGACUGUUUUUUUGAUAAUGUUGGGGGAGAAUUUUCAAGCACUGUGAUACAACAAAUGAAAGAAUUUGGAAGGAUUGCAGUUUGUGGUGCAAUUUCUAUGUAUAAUGAAGCAAAACCUGCAAGUGCACCAAGUGUUCAGGGUCCGUUUGUUUUCAAACAACUCCGGAUGGAGGGAUUCCUUGUGCCCAGGUGGAAAUCUAAGUAUUUGGAACCCCUGAAACAACUGAUGGCCUGGUUAAAUGAAGGAAAACUGAAAUACCACGAACACAUCACUCAAGGUUUUGAAAAAAUGCCUGAUGCUUUCAUGGGAAUGCUGAAGGGAGAGAAUAUCGGAAAAGCGAUUGUGAAAAUAUAAAACAAAAUGUAAUUGAUGACUUGAUUUCUUGCCUGUGAUUCUUACUGCUUUUUGGAAUAUUUUUUAAAUAAAAUUUUAGAAGUCAGCUUGUUGCAAUGAUCUGAAAUAAAAAUCUUUUUUUAUA